CACAUAACUCCCAUUUAUUAGGACCCGCCCUCACACGGAGCCUGACGCACCUCUGACAAGCUUGUGGAAGUUGUAGUUUUCUGGAGAGCUCUGCUCUCAUGUGAUUGGAACGGGAAGAACUACAUUUCCCAACGUCCUUAGCGUGCUGUCCUCGGCAGUGAGGAAGAUUCGGGAAGGUUGCUGAGGGUUACAUCAGAGUGGAGCUGCGUGUGUGGGGAAGAGAAAGUUGCAGCGUCUUGGAGCAGGUUUUGCACUAAAACGCUAUACAUAAAACUGACACAAGAUGUUUGCCAUAAGGCUAGCAUGCCUUAAGACUGUUCCUACUCUUGUCCGCCCUGCACUAAUUCAGCCCUCACCAACUUUAAGAAGUACAACUCUUAAGACAAAUCAAUGGUUUCUGCAACCUAACCAGGGUUAUGCCACUAAAACUAGAUUUGGUAUGCGCCAUGCAAAGAGUGCACGUGAAGAGAUCAAAGAAGCUGCAUCCAAACCAUCAAUGGGAACAGCAGCACGUUUUGAUGCAACAGGAAGACUGAUUGUUGCUGGAAGUGCUGUGGUUGGUCUUGGAGCUUUGUGCUAUUAUGGAUUAGGAAUGUCAAAUGAAAUCGGUGCCAUUGAGAAGGCUGUUAUUUGGCCACAGUAUGUAAAAGACAGAAUAAGAUCCACAUAUAUGUAUUUUGCUGGCAGCAUUGGCCUUACAGCCUUGUCUGCUGUUGCUGUCAGUAGGUCUCCUGCUCUUAUGAGUCUUAUGAUGAGAGGAUCAUGGUUGGCCAUUGGUGCAACAUUUGCAGCUAUGAUAGGCGCUGGCAUGCUGGUUAGGUCAAUAUCCUAUGAUCAGAGUCCUGGAGCUAAGCAUCUGGCUUGGAUGUUGCAUGCAGGUGUCAUGGGAGCAGUGGUUGCCCCAUUAACCUUACUUGGUGGCCCUCUGCUUAUCAAAGCUGCAUGGUACACAGCAGGUAUUGUAGGUGGUCUCUCAACUGUAGCCAUGUGUGCCCCAAGUGAAAAGUUUUUGAAUAUGGGUGCUCCGCUUGGUAUCGGUUUGGGCCUGGUUCUGGUUUCCUCAAUUGGCAGUGCAUUCCUUCCUCCCACAACAGUACUUGGUGCCGGACUUUAUUCUGUUGCAGUGUAUGGAGGUUUAGUUCUCUUUGGCAUGUUCCUUUUGUAUGACACACAGAAAGUCAUAAAACGUGCCGAGACUACUCCUAUGUAUGGUAUGGUGAAAUAUGACCCUAUAAAUUCGUGUUUGGGAAUUUACACUGAUACUUUAAACAUCUUUAUCCGUUUGGCCAUGAUGCUUGCAGGUGGAGGCGGAAGCAGGAGGAAAUAAAUCGGUGUCACUCUCAUUAUCUUGUAUUGAUUGCCCAGAGCACUUCACUUAUAUACUGGACAAUAAAUAUAUGCUAAUAUAUACAUCAUCAACAAGAUGUUUAUCUGUGCAAUUGAGCCAGAAUAAAGUUGAUUGAAUCUGUUCAAAAAAGCAUUUACUCUGACUAAACACACAAAUCAUAAGAAUAAUUUAGGAUCGGAACAAAGAAUGCUAUAGGAACCAUUCAUCUCUUCAGCAGCAACAAAUAGCGCAGGAUGCAAAGAAAAUGAUUUCAUAUUCUGAAAUUAAAUUGCAUGGUAAAACAGUACAUCUUAAAGCCUUCCAUAAAUGCAGAGGGUGUAGAGGUAAGAAGAUUUGUUUGCAAUUACCUAUGUGCAGCAGAAUUUAAUGAAGUCAUGUCAUAUAUUUAAAGCAUAGUUACUGAAGCAAAAAGAGAGCAUUUAUGCCAACCUCAGAAAAUAACAUUUUAUGUUAUCCCUUUCAAUCCUGAGAAGUUGUUAGACAAUGCAGGGAGAUUUUAACCAGGUUUUUUUUUUUUUUUUUUGUUUUUAAAGUCUUUCAUGCAAAUACAGUGCGUGGAAUCUAGAAUUCUUUGCUAUUUUUGUGUGACUUGAUAACAUUAUUUAAAAUCUUUUUUUUUUUCUUCUUCUUCUGUUGGACAGUAUAUAAAAUAGUAGCCAUAUAAAUUAUGUUUUGCUGAAGUGUAAAUCACAUUUCACAGUGCUUGCUACAUUUGGUUGUAAAUGUUUUUUUUUUUGUGUUUUUUUUUUCCUAGUGAAUGUGUUAAGAAUCAAAUAAAUCCUUUUAUGU